AUGGGUGCCCUCACAGCAUUAGCUCAGUAUUAUGAUCCUCUUUUAAGAUGUUUCACCUUUCAGGAUUUUCAGUUGGCCCCAACAUUAGAGGAAUUUGAACGAAUAUUGGAUUACUCCCUAGAAAGAGGAAAUCCUUAUCGAUAUACUGGGCAACCAUCGAAGUUGGACACAAUUGCGGAAGUGUUGAAGAUCGACAUAAGAGAGUUGGCAAGUACAAAAGAGGAAAAGGGGGCUAUUCAUGGAUUUUCAAGAAAAUAUCUAGAGCAAAAGUGCCAAGAUUUAGCCGAUAAAAAAGAAUGGAGUACUUUUAUAGAUGUUUUGGCCCUCAUUAUCUACGGUAUUGUUAUAUUCCCAAACCUUGAUAACUUUGUAGAUUUUUCUGCCAUAAAUGUAUUCUUAGCUUUUAACAAACAUAAACAAAACACAGUUCCCGCGAUUCUAGCUGAUAAAGGGUAUCAUGUUGGGGUUAAGAGUAAUCGUGAAUGGGCUCAGAGUAUAGCUAGCCUUACUGGGGAUACAAUUUCAUGGUACUAUAGAGAACAAGGGGUGGAAGAGGUAAUAUGCCGAUGCGGAGAUUUUCCAAAUGUACCUCUCAUGGGAACGAAAGGAUGUAUUAAUUACAAUCCAAUGGUAGCUCUGAGACAACUUGGCUAUCCCAUGUUGGAUAAACCAGAUGAUAGGUCAUUGGAGGCUUUUGUUUUGCACAAUACGGCCUCAAAUGGUCAGGAAAUGCCUGAACCUAUCCUUGUUGCAAAUGAAGAGAUAGAAGAACUCAAAGCAUCAUUGCUAAAAUCUGAAAAAGAGAAAAAAGAGCUACAAGCGGGGUUAGAAAAAGAUGAAACCAUAUACUGGGAGGAGCAUUUCAUGGUGCUGCUUGGGCAAUUGAAGAACAAAGAGAUUUAUAAACAGUUGGAAGAUAAAGGCAAGCAUUGGAAAGAUUUCUUUUCGAAAUUGACAAUGGUAGCUAAUCAGAUAAAAGCUAUUGAGGGGUAUAAUGUUUAUGGCCUUGAAGCUUUCGAUAUGUGUUUGGUUCCUGAUGUGACUAUCCCUGCCAAAUUCAAGGUUCCUGACUUUGAAAAAUACAAGGGCAACACAUGUCCUAAAAAUCAUCUAACUAUGUAUUGCAGAAAAAUGGCAUCUCAUGCUCAUAACGAUAAACUUCUCAUUCACUUCUUCCAAGACAGUUUGAGUGGGGCAUCGUUAAGUUGGUAUAUGCAUCUUGAGCGAAAUCAAAUUCGUUCAUGGAAGGACCUAGCUGAUGCCUUUUUGAAGCAAUACAGGUACAACGUUGACAUGGCCCCUGAUAGGAUGCAAUUGCAAAAUUCACUGAAAAAUGACAACGAAGCUUUCAAAGAAUACGCACAACGGUGGAGGGAAAUGGCCUCACAAGUAGAACCCCCAUUAUCUGAAAGAGAAAUGGUUGGUAUGUUUAUGGAUACUCUCCAGUCGCCUUUUUAUGACAAGAUGAUUGCGAGUAUGUCAUCAAACUUUUCUGACCUUGUCAUGAUAGGAGAAAGGAUAGAAAGUGGGAUGAGGAGCGGCAAGAUCGUAUGUGCAGCAACUAGCGUGAAACGACCCCAGACGACAUUCAUAAAAAAGAAAGAAGGAGACGCUAAUGCUGUAAUGGAGGACAAUCCCAACAUAAUGAGCAAUCCUUUGCCAGGCCACGGGAAUGCUUCUGUGAAUGCCAUUGAAGAUGGGAUAGACCAAUAUGCAAUAGAUGGUCAUAAUCUUAAGUCAACUCCUAGCAAGCCAAAUGCAAUAAUUGUCCAAACACCAAUCCCUUUUCCUUAUGGAAAUACCAAGGCAUUACCAUGGAAAUAUGAAGUCACAUCCCACUUGGCAGAUCAUCAACCAAGUAAUGAUUGUGAACCUAAAGGAACUGAGGUCACUAACAUCUCAGGGAUUGGUGGAAUGACUCGGAGUGGUCGAGUAUACACUCCUGAACAACUUAGGAAAAAGGAGGUUCAUGGAGAAAAAGGGAAAGAAGAUAUGUAUCAUUCCAUAAAAGGACAAGAGACCAGCAUAAAGACGGUGUCUGAAGAAGAAGCUAAUGAAUUUUUGAAGUUUAUCAAGCAAAGUGAAUAUAAGGUGGUGGAUCAGCUAAAUCAAACCCCUUCCAAGAUAUUAGUUCUUUCCUUAUUAUUAAACUCUGAAGCACAUAGAAGAGCAUUGAUGAAAGUUUUAAAUGAAGCCCACGUUACUCAUGAUAUCACUGUCGAUCAGUUUGAUGGAGUUGUCGGUAACAUCACUGCUAGUAGUUGCAUGAGUUUUAGCGAUAAUGAAUUACCAGCUGAAGGGACAGAGCAUAAUAAAGCACUACACAUCUCUGUGAGGUGUCACAAUCAUAUUCUUGCACGAGUGCUAGUAGAUAAUGGUUCAUCAUUAAAUGUCAUGCCUAAAUCAACACUGUCAAAACUAUUUGUUGAGGGAGCCUGUUUGAAGCCUAGUGCUUUGGUGGUGAAAGCGUUUGAUGGAUCUAGAAGACAAGUGAUUGGUGAGAUUGACCUGCCAAUUCAAAUCGGACCCCACAUCUUUGGGAUAACCUUCCAAGUAAUGGAUAUUAAACCGGCGUACAGUUGUCUUUUAGGGAGACCAUGGAUUCAUGCUGCUGGAGCAGUGACAUCCACUCUCCAUCAAAAGCUAAAGUUUACAGUGAACAAUAAGCUGGUAAUAAUAUAUGGGGAAGAAGAUAUGAUAGUAAGUCAUUUAUCUUCUACAGGCUACAUUGAAGACACGGAGGAAGCCAUAGAGACUUUCUUUCAAGCAUUAGAAAUUGUCAAUGUUGUCUUCAUGGGUGAAGGAUAUCGUUUAAAAGAACCAAAACAAUCUACCACAUCAUUGAAGUCUACCAAAUCCAUGUUAGAAGGAGGAGUAUUUCUCAAUUUGGGGAAGUUGAUAGAAAUACCAGAAAAGAACAAUAGGUACGGGUUGGGAUAUGUACCUACUCAAGCUGAUGAAGAAAAGGCUGCGAAGGAAAAAAGAGAAAACAAGGUGACUCGUCGAGAAAACUGGAUACCGAAUUCACAGAAGAUUCCUAUUUGUGACAUUCGUCAAAAUUUUCAAAGCGCCGGAAUAAUAUAUGCUGAUCAGGUGGCUGUUGCGGAAGAGGAUCAUGGUGAUGAUGAUACCCUCAAGCUAGUGUACCCUUGUCCUCCAAACACCAAUCUCAACAAUUGGAAGAUCGAGGAUUGUGAAGACGAUUGUGAGCUUCCCCCAGAACUAGAAAGCUUAAUUGAACGGGAAGCUAAGAUAAUCCAACCCUAUCAAGAACCUGUUGAGGCGAUCAAUUUAGGGACUGGGCAUGAUAAAAAAGAAGUUAAAGUUGGUAUGUCUAUGAAAGAAAGUGAGCGAGAAAAGUUGGUUAAACUUUUAAUUGAUUAUGUGGAUGUCUUUGCAUGGUCAUAUCAGGAUAUGCCCGGGUUAGAUACUAACAUAGUUGAACACAAGCUACCACUAAAGCCUGAAUACACUCCAAUUAAACAGAAGUUGAGAAGGAUGAGACCUGAUAUGUCGCUUAAAAUUAGAGAAGAGGUCAAGAAGCAAUUUGAUGCUGGUUUCUUAGCAGUAGCAAAAUAUCCUCAAUGGGUGGCUAAUAUUGUACCAGUUCCAAAGAAAGAUGGAAAGGUUCGAAUGUGCGUUGAUUAUCGGGAUUUAAAUAAAGCUAGUCCUAAAGAUGAUUUUCCUCUACCUCAUAUUGAUGUCCUAGUGGAUAGCACUGCUCAAUACUCUCUUUUCUCCUUCAUGGAUGGUUUCUCAGGGUACAAUCAAAUCAAGAUGGCUCCCGAAGAUAUGGAAAAAACUACGUUCAUCACACAAUGGGGGACUUUCUGCUAUAAAGUGAUGCCAUUUGGAUUGAAGAAUGCCGGGGCAACCUAUCAAAGAGCAAUGGUAACCUUGUUUCAUGACAUGAUGCAUAAGGAAAUAGAGGUUUACGUGGAUGAUAUGAUCGCAAAAUCUCGAACUGAAGAAGACCAUGUUGUUAACCUUCAAAAGUUAUUUGAGCGACUAAGGAAGUUCAAACUUCGUUUAAACCCUGCUAAAUGCACAUUUGGUGUAAGAUCAGGCAAAUUACUUGGGUUUAUCGUUAGUCAAAAAGGGAUAGAGGUGGACCCAGAUAAAGUAAGAGCAAUACAAGAAAUGCCGGCUCCACGCACUGAAAAAGAAGUUCGUGGCUUUUUGGGUAGAUUGAAUUACAUUGCAAGGUUUAUAUCGCACCUCACCGCUACAUGCGAGCCGAUUUUCAAAUUGUUGCGCAAAGACCAAAAGGUUGAAUGGAAUGAGAAUUGUCAAAAAGCUUUCGAAAAGAUUAAGCAGUACUUAUCAAAACCUCCCAUCCUAGUGCCUCCUGUUCAUGGGAAACCACUUAUUAUGUACUUAACAGUACUUGACGAGUCAAUGGGCUGCGUACUGGGGCAGCAUGAUGAAUCUGGUAGGAAAGAACAUGCUAUUUAUUAUUUGAGCAAAAAGUUCACCAGUUGUGAAACAAGAUAUUCACUACUUGAACGAACAUGUUGCGCAUUGGCAUGGGCUGCUCGUCGGUUGAGACAAUACAUGUUAUGUCAUACAACUUGGUUGGUGUCUAAAAUGGACCCAAUUAAGUACAUCUUUGAGAAACCUGCUCUUACUGGAAGGAUCGCCCGUUGGCAGAUGUUGUUAUCAGAAUACGAUUUGGUAUAUGUUACACAAAAAUCCAUCAAAGGAAGCGCACUAGCAGAGUACUUAGCCCAUCAACCGGUAGAAGAUUAUCAAUCAAUGCAGUGUGAAUUCCCCGAUGAAGACAUAAUGAAUUUAGUUGAAGAGAUUGAAUCAUCUGAUAAAGAAAAGUGGAGGUUGGUGUUUGAUGGUGCUUCUAAUGCGUUAGGGCAUGGAAUUGGAGCCAUUUUGAUUUCUCCAGAAAACCAGUUCACUCCAUUUACGGCUAAGGUGUGUUUUUAUUGUACAAACAAUAUUGCUGAAUAUGAAGCAUGUGUUAUGGGCAUUAAAGCGGCUAUUGAAUCAAAUGUAAAAUUUCUUGAGGUAUAUGGAGACUCAUUGUUGGUCAUCCAUCAGACGAAAGGAGAUUGGGAAACGCGAGAUUCUAAAUUGAUUCCGUAUCACACCCAUAUCAAAGAAUUGACAGAACACUUUGAGAAGAUUACUUUUCACCAUAUCCCUCGAGAAGAAAACCAGUUAGCUGACGCCUUGGCCACUUUGUCGUCAAUGUUCAAAAUAACCACUAAUCAAGACGUGCCGGUCAUAAAGAUUCAACAAAGAGAAAAACCUGCAUAUUGCUUAUCAAUAGAAGAAGAGUAUGAUGGCAAACCGUGGUUUUAUGACAUCAAAUCAUAUGUUAAGAAUAAGGAAUAUCCAUUGGGUAUUUCAGAAAACGACAAAAGGAUUUUAAGGAGAUUGUCAAUGAAUUUCUUCUUAAAUGGCGAUGUGCUUUAUAAGAGAAAUCAUGAUAUGGUUCUCCUCAGAUGUGUGGAUAAAGCAGAAGCAGAGAAAAUUAUCCAAGAGGUUCACGAAGGUUCAUUCGGAACUCAUGCAAAUGGGCACACAAUGGCAAGAAAAAUCUUAAGGGCUGACUACUAUUGGUUGACCAUGGAAUCCGACUGCUUUAGUCACGUAAAGAAAUGUCAUAAAUGUCAAAUCUAUGCUGAUAAAAUACAUGUACCACCCACUUCUUUGAAUGUUUUAACAUCACCAUGGCCAUUUUCAAUGUGGGGAAUGGAUGUUAUUGGACUCAUCGAGCCUAAGGCUUCAAAUGGACACCGGUUUAUCCUAGUAGCUAUUGAUUAUUUCACAAAAUGGGUUGAAGCCGCUUCUUAUGCCAAUGUGACAAGAAGUGUGGUUGUCAGAUUCAUCAAAAGAGAAUUGAUUUGUCGAUAUGGAUUGCCAAAUAAGAUAAUCACUGAUAACGCGUCUAAUCUAAAUAACAAAAUGAUGAAAGAGUUGUGUGAUAAUUUCAAAAUUCAGCACCAUAAUUCUUCUCCAUAUCGUCUGAAAAUGAAUGGGGCUGUAGAAGCAGCAAAUAAGAAUAUCAAGAAGAUUAUACAGAAGAUGGUGGAGAUAUAUAAGGAUUUGCAUGAAAUGCUUCCCUUUGCAUUACAUGGCUAUAGAACCUCUGUUCGUACCUCAACAGGGGCAACUCAUUUCUCAUUGGUGUAUGGAAUGGAAGCGGUACUUCCCAUCGAAGUUGAAAUUCCCUCAAUCAAAGUCCUGAUGGAAACAAAACUAGAAGAUGCAGAGUGGGUUCAAUCACGAUAUGACCAAUUGAAUCUCAUAGAAGAAAAAAGAAUGAUAGCUUUGUGUCAUGGUCAGCUUUAUCAGAAAAGACUCAAAAAAGCCUACGAGAAAAAAGUCCGUCCUCGAGAGUUUCGAGAAGGAGAAUUAGUGUUGAAGAAAAUAUUGCCCAUAAAAAAAGAUUCUCGGGGAAAGUGGACUCCGAACUACGAAGGACCAUAUGUUGUGAAAAAAGCUUUCUCUGGGGGAGCUCUAAUACUCGCAGAAAUGGAUGGAGAUGAGCUUCCACUUCCAGUAAACUCAGAUGCAGUCAAAAAAUAUUAUGCUUAA